GGCGGACGUUUCAGCGAACACUCGCAUUCCUUGUUUAGCACAGUCCGGAUUUGAGUCUUAUGUGUUCGGUAGCAGUAUUCAAAACAAAAACGUUAAAGUUCGCGUUUGAAACAUUGGACGUCCACCUUGCCAAACCGACUAUUCCUCGUUUCAAAGGUUAUCCUGACUAAAGGCUUGGGUUGAGACCAAUGGCCAUGCAGAUGAGUGAGACAGAGGGCACAGUGAAAGUGACAGGCUGGCAUCAAACCUACUAUGCUGGAGACUCAGGGAUCCAGUCAGGUGCCACCACAGUGCGGGAUGAUGAUGGGUCAGAGUACAGCACCCAGAAGUAUGCUGUCACGACCACAGUCAUCGAAAACCCUGCAGAUGUGGAGUCUCAGUAUGCCAUGACACGAGCCCAGAGGGUCCGUGCAGCCAUGUAUCCGGAGACGGUGGUUGAGGGGACAUCCAUCCUGUCAACUCAGACCGAUCCAGGGCAGCAGACUAAUGUGCAGCGCCUAGCCGAGCCAUCGCAGCUGCUGAAAACUGCCAUCAUCCACCUCAUCAACUACCAGGAUGAUGCUGAGUUGGCCACCCGUGCUGUCCCAGAACUCACCAAACUACUUAAUGAUGAUGACCAGGUUGUGGUAAAUAAGGCAGCCAUGAUUGUGAACCAGCUGACAAGGAAAGAUGCUUCCCGGAGGGUGCUGAUGCAGUCACCACAGAUGGUGGCAGCGGUGGUGCGCACCAUGCAGAAUACCAAUGACAUGGAGACUGCCCGAUGCACUGCCAGUAUCCUGCACAACCUGUCCCACCAACGUGAGGGGCUGCUGGCCAUCUUCAAGUCUGGUGGCAUCCCUGCCCUGGUUCGCAUGCUCAGCUCUCCCAUGGAGUCAGUGUUGUUCUACGCCAUCACUACUCUCCACAACCUACUGUUGCACCAGGAGGGAGCCAAGAUGGCAGUGCGACUGGCAGAUGGUCUUCAGAGGAUGGUGCCCCUUCUGAAGAAAAGCAACCCCAAGUUCCUGGCCAUCACUACUGACUGUCUGCAGUUGCUGUCUUAUGGCAAUCAAGAGAGCAAGCUGAUCAUCCUGGCCAAUGGUGGUCCGGAGGGACUGGUGCACAUCAUGAGGAACUACAACUAUGAGAAGCUGCUCUGGACUACCAGCCGUGUGCUGAAAGUGCUCUCUGUCUGCCCUAGCAACAAGCCUGCUAUUGUGGAGGCUGGUGGAAUGCAGGCUCUGGGGAAGCACCUGACUGGAUCCAGCCCGCGCCUCAUGCAGAACUGCCUGUGGACUCUACGCAACCUAUCUGAUGCUGCCACCAAGCAGGAUGGCCUGGAUGGGCUUCUGCAGGUGCUUGUUAGCCAGCUGGGCUCAGAUGAUGUCAAUAUGCUGACAUGCGCCACAGGCAUCCUGUCUAACCUGACCUGCAACAACAGCCGUAAUAAGACCUUGGUUACACAGAGCAAUGGGGUAGAGGCACUCAUUCAUGCUGUUCUGCGGGCUGGUGAGAAGGAGGAUGUUGCUGAGCCGGCUGUCUGUGCCCUACGCCACCUCACUAGCCGUCACUCCGAUGCUGAGCUGGCACAGAAUGCUGUGCGCCACCACUAUGGCAUUCCCGCCAUCGUCAAGUUGCUGAACCAGCCAUACUACUGGCCUGUCAUCAAGGCUACCGUUGGAUUGAUCCGUAACCUGGCUCUGUGCCCAGAAAAUCAGGGCCCGCUGAGGGAUGCAGGUGCCAUCACCCGACUGGUCACUCUGCUGCUGAAAGCCCAUCAGGAUGCCCAGAGGCACGCGACUUCCAGCACCCAACAGACUUACCAGGAUGGUGUAAGGAUGGAGGAGAUAGUGGAGGGCUGCACUGGUGCCCUGCACAUCAUGGCCCGGGACCCUAUUAACAGGAGUGAAAUUGCCAACAUGCAGACCAUCCCUCUCUUUGUGCAGCUUCUCUACUCUCCCAUUGAGAACGUGAAGCGUGUGUCUGCGGGUGUCCUAUGUGAGCUGGCUCUUGACAAGCACUCUGCCGACUUAAUCGAUGCUGAGGGUGCCUCUGCACCGCUGAUGGAGCUACUGCACUCCAGCAACGAGGGCAUCGCUACUUAUGCUGCUGCUGUCCUGUUCCGUAUCUCUGAGGAUAAAAAUUCAGACUACCGGAAGCGUGUGUCAGUAGAGCUGACACACUCCCUCUUCAAGCAUGACCCAGUUGCCUGGGAGUUGGCCCACAACACCAUAUCCAUGGAUCCUGACUACCUCCAGGAUGAUCUUGAUGUUGCCUGUCAUCCCUAUGGCUAUCCAGAGGGUAUGCCCAUAAAUGGUGGGCCAAUGGAAGCAGAGAUGCAUGAUGACUACCCGCCUGAAUUGCAGCCUUUUGACCUGCCACGCAGACAGCCUUACUAGCCUUACUAGUACAAAUACAGAUAUUCUUUUAAAGAGUGAAGAGAAAGAGAGCUGGCGGAAGAGAAGACAUUGAUCACAUGAGGG